UUAUUGUUAAAGAAAAGCAUGCAACGCAGCACAACACUGGCAAAUUUUCAGCAGAACAGCAGAGAGAAGCAGACGACAGUAUUUUGUAAAAUUCUAGAUUUCAAAUAUUUGAAUUUGAACAUUCAAACUACUUUUUUUCUGAAUAGAAUUAAUUGAUUUUUUAAGUGUAGUGAUUGAUUUCUAUUCCAGAUUAUUUUCCCACAAAGACAGUAAUGUCAGACCCUGAACUAAUAUCAGUCGAUCUUUGUGCUGGUGAAUCUACUAGUCUUGAUGUCAUUGAAGUCGUUGUACCCACAAACAUUCAAAAUGAUAAAGAAAGAGACGGUCGCAAUAAAGUGAGCAUUAGUGGAUGUGGAACAAAGGCCAAACAGAACUACAAACAGACUUCCGUACAAAACUUUUUCAAAGUUCCUGUUAGUACGUCUCUUCCAGUAGCAGUGUCUCUUCCAGUAGAAGUGUCUCUUCCAGUAGCAGUGCCUCUUCCAGUAGCAGUGUUACCUAUUCCUACUUGCACAUCACCAUCAUCUAGAACAACGGAAGAGAUAUGUGCAACUUCAAUAGUCGUAACCAAUCCUGAUUUUGCUUCACCAGACUCGACAGAGCCCAGCAAAAAGAAGAAACCAUAUUACAGACAAAAAUUUGUCGACAAAUGGCUUGCUGAAGAAGAAUUCAAACCAUGGCUGGAAAAAAGGCUAAGUCCAUCCAAAAACUGCUUGACAGCCUAUUGCAAGUUUUGUUGCGUAGAAUGUACAAAUGGCCGCUCUGAACUCGUUCGACAUAUGGCUACCCGCAUUCACUUGCAGCAGGGAAAUACGUGGGCGUUGAAGCUGGUGGAACAGCAACGGAGUACGAUGCAAAGGUUUGUCAGCGGCUCCACCAAGCAAGCAGAACUAGAGGGAAGACUGACUCUCUUCAUCGCGGACAACCACCUUGCUCUUUCUGUCAUUGACAGUUUAAGCGACCUUUUGAAGAAAUGUUUUCCAGAUGACGAAAGAGUUCGUAAGCUUGCUUUGAAGAAACAAAAAACUAGGAAACAUCGUUCGCUAUGGUACGUACGGAUAAGCAACGAAUAAUUUUUUUUCGUUCCUAGAACGGAGACUGUGUUGUAUGUUUUAUCUUUCUGUCUCUUGGUGGUUGGCGCAAUUGUAUCAUGAGAGUAUAGACUACAAAAAUUUUGCCUUGGCUGCCCGGCAACCAUCCCAUUUUGUUUGCCACUUGAACCACUUGACGGAUUUACUCUACGGGCCAGUAAAUUGUUAAAGUAGUUGAAAGAAAAAGUAAAAGAUAUCGUUACAAAAGCGGAAAAAUAUCAUCAUUUAUUUUCAUACAGCUCAAACGAAAAAUGGAAUACGAUCUGAAGUUUUGGAGAUCAUCUGAAAAAGGAUCUGGUGAACACCUUGAAAGAGGUUUUUUUCUCAAUUAUUAUUGACGAAACGACGGAUGUCUCAGUAAAGGGACAAUUAGCGUGUGUAGUGCAGUAUUGGUGCCUCGACAAACACAUGCUGGUUGUUAAACUGCUCGACUUAAUUGAAGUCGAAUCGGCAACCGCUGAUGGGUUAUCUACUAGUGUUUUAAAAUUGCUGGAAAGAGAAAAUAUUCCACUGGAGAGAGUCAUCGGGUUUAGUGCCGACACCUGCAGUACAAUGUUUGGAAGGCAUCAUUCCGUUUCCACUCUGUUGACCUCUGCUUUUCCGAACCUUUUAACCGUAAAGUGUUCAUGCCAUUCCAUGAAUCUUUCGGCUUCAUACGCUUGUAAGAGGCUUCCUGUAGACAUUGAGGAUGGUCUGCGCGCUCCUAAAAGGAGCUAUUGAGGGACUUAUGCAGAGCUUUGCAACAAACUUCAUGAAUCCAAGGUACGUCAUCAGCCGUGAAGUUGCAAAAAUUGACGUGUGGCUUACAUCGGAGUACGUUAGCCUUAGAAAGGUUUAUCUCGGUAAGUAACUUUUAAACCCAUAAUAAAUUCCCUUAAUGCAUGAGCCAUUUAACCCAAAUAUUAGGAGAAGCUGCCAAUCAAUGGAUCCAAAAGUGCACUGAAUUGAGCACUGAAGACCUUGAUUAUAUUUUCAAGCUAUGUCGGAGCUUUUACAUCGAAGCUUUUCUACAGCUUCAACAACGAUAUAGCUUCAAGGACAGUUUUUUUGCAAUAGCUGAUCUCUUACAUCCCAAAAAUGCCCGUAGUUGUGAGCCUUCUAAUUUAACCUCUCUUUUCCAGCGUUUUCCUGUUUUAGGAAAGAAUAUUAACACGUCGAAAGCCGAACUGGACUGGCGAUCCCACAUUCAUCUUGAACCUGAGUUUUUUGGUUGCGCCAACGAUGGCUCGGUGAGACUCCUUGAUGCCGAAAGUUACUGGAGUACUAGUACUAAUACAAAAAUUUCCCUUCCUUCUAA